UCAGUACAGAACAGAAAGGGUCUCGCCCAGCAGCAUCCAGUUUUAGUUGUUAGUUGUUAGUGUCCGCCCGCGCCCGCUUUCCCCGUCCCCGCAUUUCUUUUCUUCCCACUUCCCUUUUCCAAACCCUUCGCCAAUCCCAACUUCCUAUCACUGACUGCUCAGUACUUUCUUCUACUCAACUCAGUGAGAACUCACUGGCUCAGUCAUUCUCCCCACUGACAACGUCUCUCUUCCUCUUUUCCUGCUUCUCUCUGUUCCAUCCCCAUAACCUGACCUGAAUAGCCGCGAGUCUUGGCCUCAGUCCCCCGACUAAUUUCCCUCUAACUGUUGGGGCCUCAGGGCCCUCCACCUCCAGCUCCGUCUGUCUCCCCUGCAACCCGCUUCGUUCUCAUGCCUCGGGUGCUUGGGUACUCUGUUCGCUGAGGAUGUCGACUACCGCGAUCCGACAGUACGCCAGCUCAUUUGCCCCUUCUACCUCAGCUUCACAGUCGAGAGGGAUGGCCCCGUCGCAGACCGUAGGGUUGGACACCCUUGCUGAGGGCUCACAAUAUGUCCUCGAUCAACUGCAGUUGUCGCGCGAGGCGGCCGCUGCCACUGCCGCCAGCGACGAUGCGCAGCCCAACUUCUUGCGAAGUUCGCUGUCCAAGUCCAAGGAUCAGGCGUUCUACCGCGACGACAGUAAUCCCGUCCCUAGCUCCUCCAGGUAUCAAGCGCCGGUGCAAAGAGAUCCUCUCGUCGAGGCUCGUUCAGCCAUCCGUAAAAAUUCAGCCUCGGCGCCCGUCCGGCGGAGAAUCAGUCGCGCUUGCGACCAGUGUAAUUCGCUCCGGACCAAGUGCGACGGACAACACCCAUGUGCCCAUUGCCUUGAGUUUGGAUUGACCUGUGAAUAUGCUCGGGAACGUAAGAAACGAGGCAAGGCCUCGAAAAAGGAUCUGGCUGCCGCUGCCGCCGCUACCCAGCUAGUCAACGGUCAACCCGGCCAGGAAACUGGUUCGCUGGUAGGGGAGCAUACCCCGCCAGACCGGCGAUCGUCUCAGGAGGUCAACGGGCGAUAUGACGGGGCAUUUGAAGCAGCCCAACACCUGGAUCCCGCGACACGGCAGAUGCGGAAUUCUACCGCCCCGGGAAUGGCUGCGGUUGAGGAUGCGCAGUCGGCUCCGUCGCAUCCCCAACCCUCCCUGCGAGCUGCCAUCGAUGUAUUGCACAUGAACCAUUUUAAUUCCCUAACCGAGUCGAAUCGUGUUCCGAUGCCUGUUGCUGAUCUUCGAUCCUUACCGACCUCGAUUCUGUCGUCGCACGGAUUGAGUUCGGGCUUCGGUGAAGGCGCAUUCUCUAUGGUAAAUCAGCAGGAGCCUAAUGCGUCCGCCUUGAACCAUUUUCGACUCGGGAAUACGGCCGAGAACCCCGCGGCUCCGUUCUUGGGACUAUCUCCCACUGCGCAGUCCCCCGGCUGGCUGCCGCUCCCAUCGCCUUCUCCUGCAAACUUCCCUUCCUUUAGCCUACCGUCAUAUUCGAGUACGUUACGAUACCCUGUAUUGCAGCCGGUGCUCCCUCAUAUAGCGUCCAUCAUUCCGCAGUCGCUGGCAUGCGAUCUACUGGAUGUCUACUUCACCAGUUCCUCUUCCUCGCAUCUUUCCCCCUUGUCUCCCUAUGUGGUGGGGUACAUCUUCCGGAAACAGUCCUUCCUCCAUCCCACGAAACCCCGCGUGUGUAGUCCGGGUCUUCUAGCCAGUAUGCUCUGGGUCGCAGCGCAAACGAGCGAAGCUGCAUUCCUGACCUCUCCACCGUCUGCUCGAGGGCGUGUCUGUCAGAAAUUGCUGGAACUGACCACCGGCUUGCUCCGGCCACUGAUUCAUGGACCUGCUACUGGAGAGACAUCGCCCAAUUACGCAGCCAAUAUGGUCAUCAACGGUGUCGCUCUUGGUGGAUUUGGCGUCUCGAUGGAUCAGUUAGGUGCGCAGAGUAGCGCAACUGGCGCUGUGGAUGAUGUGGCUACCUAUGUGCACUUGGCCACGGUAGUUUCAGCAAGUGAGUAUAAGGCGGCCAGUAUGCGGUGGUGGACCGCAGCAUGGUCUCUGGCGCGAGAGUUAAAACUGGGUCGAGAGCUGCCGCCCAACACUUCCCACCCGCGACCGGACGGCGAGCGUGAGGGUGACGCCGAGGGAGACCCGUCGAAACGGCACCCGACGUCGCUAAUGACUUCCAUGGGACAUGGCCCUGGAAAUACAAAUGUCAACGUCACGGAAGAAGAGCGGGAAGAGCGCCGGCGUCUGUGGUGGCUAUUGUAUGCGACGGACCGCCACCUGGCUCUCUGCUACAACCGACCCCUGACCCUCCUUGACAAGGAAUGCGGAAGUCUGUUGCAACCCAUGAAUGACGAUCUCUGGCAGGCAGGCGAUUUCUCCACCGCAAGCUACCGCCAGGUUGGCCCUCCCCUCGAGUGCUCCGGCCACAGCAUGUUCGGCUACUUCUUGCCGCUAAUGACCAUUCUGGGCGAGAUUGUCGACCUGCAUCAUGCCCGUAGCCAUCCACGGUUUGGCCCUGCAUUCCGGAACAGUCGAGAAUGGGAACAGCAGGUCUUGGAAAUUACCCACCAGUUGGACACAUAUGCUCAAAGUUUGAAGGACUUUGAGGCGCGAUACACCAAUAGCUUGACCUUGACCAGCGCGGAAAACGAGCAGAUUGGGGAGAAUGCUCAUUUAGACCAUGUCAGCCCUUCGGGUCGUUCCAGCAGCACGGUUGGAUCUCGAGUGAAUGAAUCCAUUGUGCACACGAAGAUGGUUGUUGCAUACGGCACCCACAUCAUGCAUGUGUUGCACAUCCUUUUGGCGGGUAAAUGGGAUCCAGUGGAUCUACUGGAGGACCACGAUCUGUGGAUCUCGACUGAGGCCUUUGUGUCUGCAAUGAGCCACGCUGUUGGGGCCGCCGAGGCGGCCGCGGAGAUUCUGGAGUUCGAUCCAGAUCUCAGUUUUAUGCCCUUCUUUUUCGGGAUUUACCUAUUGCAGGGUAGCUUCCUGCUACUGUUGGCCGCCGACAAGCUGCAAGGCGACGCCAGUCCGAGCGUUGUCCGGGCUUGUGAGACGAUUGUCCGCGCACACGAAGCUUGCGUUGUGACUUUGAACACUGAGUAUCAGCGAACAUUCCGAAAGGUCAUGCGCUCGGCGCUCGCGCAAGUCCGCGGCCGUAUUCCAGAGGACUUUGGCGAACAACAACAGCGUCGUCGGGAGGUCCUAGCACUCUACCGGUGGAGUGGUGAUGGUAGUGGUCUCGCCCUGUGAUGGUGGGUUGAUUGUCGCAUUGAUUCUUAUUGCAUAUUGCCGUAUAUUCUCACUAUACCCGUACAAGCGAUUGCCAUGAUGUGAUGCGAAGUUGUCCCCGAAUUUUUGGGAUGGCUGGGAGGAGUUUUAGGGGAACUGGUUUAAUUCGAGUUUUGCUCGAUAUCCCUGAGUGUGCUCGAUUGUGUUAAAUACGGGGUUUCCCCUAUGGUGUCUGUGCGUGGCUUUUUGUACAGUAUAUGAAGUCGGAGCUUUGCGCUGGAUGUUGAAGCGGUAUAUAAUCAGUAUAUAUGAUAUUUUAUUUCAGUUAAUUCACG